AUGGGACAUGGAGUAUCUGUCGAUAGUGGAAAUAACGUUACUGAUACAACUACAAAUGAACAUUUUCUUGGAUUAGUUAAUUUCGGAAAUACAUGCUAUUGUAACUCUGUACUUCAAGCAUUAUAUUUCUGCAAACCAUUUAGAGAGCACGUAUUACACUAUCGCUUACAGCAGAAAAAUAAAAAAGAAAAUUUAUUAACUUGUUUAGCUGAUUUAUUCUAUAUGAUAGUAACAGUAAAAAGACGAACCGGUGCAAUUCCACCAAAAAAAUUUAUUAGCAAACUCCGAAAAGAAAACAGCACAUUUGAUAAUGAUAUGCAACAAGAUGCCCAUGAAUUUCUAAAUCAUUUGCUCAACACAUGUGCAGAUAUUCUUAUAGCUGAGAAGAAAGAAGAAAAAGAUAAACAUGAUAAACAACGGAUGAAAUCAAAUGGAAGUAUUACUAUCAAUAAAAAUAAUAAUAAUAAUUCACCACAAUGUAAUGGGACCACAAUUAUUGGUGAACAACAAAAACAAGAACAAAACUGUUAUAAUCAUACAAAUCCUCGUUCGUCAAUCAGUACGUCGACGGAUGAUACAUGGAUACAUGAUUUAUUUCAAGGAACACUUGUUAAUGAAACAAAAUGUCUUAACUGUGAAACGUAUAGUUCUAAAGAUGAAAAUUUUCUUGAUCUAUCUAUCGAUGUUGAAGAGAAUACAUCGAUAACAACAUGUCUUCGAGUAUUUAGUAAUGUUGAAACCUUAAGAGGUGAGAGUAAAUACUAUUGUGAAACAUGUUCAAGUAAACAAGAAGCAACGAAACGAAUGAGAAUCAAAAAAUUACCACGUAUAUUAGCGUUACAUCUUAAACGAUUUAAAUAUAUUGAACAAUGUAAACAGUAUAAAAAAUUGUCCUACAGAGUGGUGUUUCCAUUCGAAUUACGGCUUCUCAACACGUCCGAAGAUUGUCUAAACAGUGAUCGAAUUUAUGACCUUGUCUCAUUAGUUGUCCAUUGUGGAAUAGGACCAAAUCGAGGUCAUUAUAUAGCUGUUGUCAAAAGUCAAGGCUCUUGGAUUGUGUUUGAUGAUGAAAAUGUUGAUAGAUUAGAUCCAACGAAUUUUGAAGAAUUUUAUGGCGUUACACACGAUUUAGGAAAACAAUCUGAAACAAGUUAUAUACUUUUCUAUGAAAGUCGUGAUCCAUCAUGA